UCCCACAUCCAACGCGGGCAGUCCCGGUCUGUCCGGUGCAGUAGCCCGGCGCAUUCGCUUCUCACCCUCCCUCUCUUUCUACCUCCCUUUCUCUCUUCCUCGCUUUCCCCCUCUACUUCCCCUCCCUCUCUUGCCUCUUAAGUUUCCUGCACCGUGAAUCCAACUGUGCCAAGCCUAGGCUCCCGCGGAACCAAUCCUGAGCGCGACCCGGGUACUGGGACGCGCGGACUCUGCCGAGGCUGGACAAGGCAGCGGGACCGGUCCGCGCCCGAGCAUGGAGAUGAAGCGCCAGGGAGGGCAUGUUCGGGACGCCGGAGACGCCAGGCCCGAGUAGCUCCUCCAUGGAGCCUUCGCAGAGCGGUCCCUGCUUGCUGGAUUCGCCCCCAGUCCUGUGCGGCUGCUGAGAGCGCUCCUUGCUCUAUAAAGUGGAUGUCAGGUGGAUCUAUGUUUUUGAAGGAACAAAGACUCAGCGAACGCACCGCCGAGGAAGUUUGAGACGCGGGAGGAUGCAGGCUACGUGCUGGUACGUGCUUCUCCUCUUGCAGCCCACCGUCUACUUGGUCACAUGUGCCAAUUUAACAAAUGGUGGAAAGUCAGAACUUCUAAAAUCAGGAAGCAGCAAAUCCACACUAAAGCAUAUAUGGACAGAAAGCAGCAAAGACUUGUCUAUCAGCCGACUCCUGUCACAGACUUUUCGUGGCAAAGAAAAUGAUACAGAUUUAGACCUGCGAUAUGACACCCCAGAACCUUAUUCUGAGCAAGACCUCUGGGACUGGCUGAGGAACUCCACAGACCUUCAAGAGCCUCGGCCCAGGGCCAAGCGAAGGCCCAUUGUUAAGACGGGCAAGUUUAAGAAAAUGUUUGGAUGGGGUGAUUUUCAUUCCAACAUCAAAACAGUGAAGCUAAACCUAUUGAUAACUGGGAAAAUUGUAGAUCAUGGCAAUGGGACAUUUAGUGUUUAUUUCAGGCAUAAUUCCACUGGUCAAGGGAACGUAUCUGUCAGCUUGGUGCCCCCUACGAAAAUAGUGGAAUUCGACUUGGCACAGCAAACCGUGAUUGAUGCCAAAGAUUCCAAGUCCUUUAAUUGUCGCAUUGAAUAUGAAAAGGUUGACAAGGCUACCAAGAACACACUCUGCAACUAUGACCCUUCAAAAACCUGUUACCAGGAGCAGACCCAAAGUCAUGUGUCCUGGCUCUGCUCCAAGCCCUUUAAGGUGAUCUGUAUUUACAUUUCCUUUUAUAGUACAGAUUAUAAACUCGUACAGAAAGUGUGCCCCGACUACAACUACCACAGCGACACACCUUACUUCCCCUCUGGAUGAGGAUGAAUGUAGGGGUGAGACUGAAGCCUGAGGAAUUCAAGGUCACAUGACAGGGCUGUUACCUCAAGAGGAAGGUCCCAUCUGUUGCCUGGAAUGUGUCUACACUGCUGCUCUCGUCAACUGGCUGCAAAUACGCUCGUGGAAAACAAUCUGAUGUAAUUUCUGCCCAGUCAGCUUCAUCUCUCAGUAUAGUUGUAAAUCACCACAGAUUCUAAAGCCACACUUGAAGACAUGCUCUCACACAUAGAUGUACACAGACACACUCUCAUAUACAUUUCAGCUGGCAUCCGUCAUGAUUCUUGUCAAGAGGGCUUUCGUUGUCUGACUCAUAAUGGUUCAGGAUAAACGAUCAUCAAGCAAAAGGAUUAACUAGACAGUGAAUGGUUUUUAGCACUUGCUGUUAUGGAAAUCUCCUUUAAAGUCUUGAGUACAUGCUAAUCAAUAAUCCCCACUCAUGCAUUUCUACUGCUUGGAGUAGCUGUACUGGUAAAUACUACUGUAGGAGUAUAUGCUUGUUAAAAUUGGGAAAAAAAAUGUGUCUUUAGAGCUCAGUAUUCUUUAUUUUAUGAACACAACAAGUGUAGUAACUUUUUCCAGCAUUCAGUAGGCACAUUCAAGGUGAUACAAGAUGGCUCUUUUUUCUAUGGAGGGAGCCUGUUCUCAGUAAAGAUGAGCAGACAUUUGGAAUUUACACGUGGGCAGACACUGGAUUACAGCUUUCAUCACCAAUCAUUGGACUUUUGCAAAGUUGAGACCAGCUAAGGUUGCUUAAAAUAAGUUCUGAUCAUUAUAUAAGAAGGGAAAUGCCUGACAGACACCAUGUAAGUUAUGUGUCUGUCUUAUCUUUACUACACAUAUUGUAACAAAUUCAAUAUCCUAGUCUUCAUUUGUAUGAAUGGUUUGUAUUGUACAUAGUUUAACCAAGUGUUAUUUGAGCUGCUUAUUAAU